AUGGGCUCUCUUACUCUGUCUCAACCUCACGGCCGUCGUUUGACCGGUGGAGAUUUGGUCGCUCAAUGUCUCAAAGCACUUGGGGUUGAAGUCGCAUUUGGCCUCGGCGGAGGUCAUCUGGAUGCUGUCCUGCUUGGCUGCGAGGAUAAUGGUAUCAAACUUUACGACACUCGACAUGAAACCGUGGCCGUGCAGGCAGCGGAAGGCUAUUACAAAACAUCUGGCAAGGUCGGCGUGAGUUUCGUUACAGCAGCCAGCGGAUUCUCCAAUGCUCUCCCAGGACUGUCAUCAGCUUCGGCAGACAACAACGCGAUCGUCCUCAUCACGUCGUCGCAGCCUCAAAGGGACAUUGGCACCAAUGGGUUACAGGGUGCUCAUGACCAAGUGGCUUUAGCAAUGCCAAUUACUAAGUUCGCUCAUCGAGUGGUGCAUGCCUCUGAAAUCCCUAGAGUUAUGGCUCAUGCUUUCAGAAUUGCCGUUGGAGAUGGACCAGGCCCCGUCAUGCUCGAUAUCCCCAUCGAACUGAUGAUGCUGCCGGUUGACCAGGAAAACAUUUCCUGGGGAGCGAUCGCAGAUCCGCCCACAUAUCCGCCCGGUCCACAUGAAGACGCCAUCGAAGCGCUGGUCCAACUAUGGAAAUCCGCUGAAAGACCCGCGAUCAUAGCCGAGGUCAUCGGACGCGGUGAAGGCAAGUCUACUGUCAUUCUAGAAGCUGUAGCUGAAGCAACAUCCACUCCCGUGUUCCACAGCCUCAACUAUGGUCCUGCAGUCCCUUACAAACAUCCUCUGGAGGCUGGGCCAGCCAACCAGCUGGCACUGCUCCUCGGGUCCUCAAGCCCACGACCAGACUUGAUCAUUCUCAUGGGCGCCAGGCCGAGCACUUUCACGGGCGCGAGAGGGGGCUUCGUUCUUCCCAAAGCCGAAUGCAAGAUCGUCCAGAUCGAUCCUGAUGGCCGGGAAAUCGGCAAAAUGCACAGAGUCGACUUGGGCAUGCAAUGCGAGCCGGAACAAGCAUUGCGAAAACUGAAGACGAUCUUCCAGGCCAACAAGCUACCACCUCGAAAGGAGUGGCUCGACAUUGCGCUAAAGCUGAAGACUAGUCCUUUGAAGAAAUUUGAGAACUCAGCCCCUUCCACAAACGACGCAUUGCAUCCCUUUCACGCCAUCUAUGAGAUCGCCAAGUCAUUGGACCCAGGCGCAAUUUUCAUUUGUGAUGGUGGCGAGGCAUCCUGGUGGGGUUUGGAUGUUGCACCAACGAAUCAAGCACACCUCAGCAUAUAUGCCUGUGGCAUCAUGGGAUUUCUCGGGAACGGCUGGGGCUACGCAUUAGGUGCUGCUGCUGCGGCGCCUAGUCGUCAGAUUGUUCACAUUCAAGGCGAUGGAUCGGCGGGAUUUCACAUCGCCGAACUCGACACCUAUGCUCGAUUCAAGCUCAAUAUCCUCACCGUUAUCAUGAACAACAGCUUGUGGGGUAUGUCAUGGCAUGCCCAAGAAAUGAACUGGGGGGCCAAGUUCGCCAAUAGGCCGAUGUCCAUUCUAAGCACCAGGACCUCUUUUCAGGCCGUGGCUCAAGGGUUUGAAAAUGGAAGCGACAGGAUUACGCGGAUCCAUGAUAUCUCGGGAGCAGUGAACAAGUUUCGAAAUCAGGAGGGCCCCUAUCUCCUUGACGUCGUGGUUUCCGAAUCACCCACGCACCCUGGCUUGGAGUCCUUAGUCAAGGGCAACAUGGACCCGUCGAAUCCGCCCUAUUUUUGUACUUAA